CGCAGCCCUCGCCUGCAAACCCCCCUCCACUCUUCCUGAGGCCUCCAGCUCCAAAUCCAUCCUCUUACCCACCCAGAACUAUGCACUGAUGCAGAUAGCGGGGCAGGAUGGCACCUACUCCCUGGUGGCCCUCCCCCCCCCUGUCUCCUCUCAACCGCCCCAGCAACCCCCUCAGUCAGUCCAGAACAACCUCAAGUUACCCAUUCCCAGAUACCCGUCAGCCAGGAGCAAGUGGGCCCACGAUAAGGUCAGAGCUCCUGCUCUGAGCGGAGGGUCAGUGCUGCCCCUGACCAGGCCCGGGGGCAGCGGGGCUCCGGGGGCCCCCAACAAGCUGCAGGAGCCCAAGCAGCCCGGGGAGACGCGGUUGCCCAAAGAGGAGCCCUCGGAGCAGGUGAUAGUGGUGGAGCCGGCCUCGUCGGAGCUGUCUGUGGCCGCGCUGCUGCCCGACAGUGGGGUCCACUACCAGAGGCCUCAGCCAGAGCCAGCUCCACACGCCGCCGAGCCCCCGGCUCCACCAGGCCUCCUGCACAGCCUCCAGCACCCCCCCCGCUGCUGCCGGCAGCUGCUCGGCCACAGGCCCGGAGGCCAGUAGGAGCUCAGUCCGGCUGUGCCAGACCACCGCGGCUGCAGGUCAGCCCCAGAGCAGCAUCACCGUCCUGUCCCCGGCCGUCCUCAGUAAAGCCAUCCAGCUCCUCCCUCCCAAGGGGAAGCUGCCCAUUCUGCCCUACUCCAAAAUGAAGAGCAGCCUGGUCCCAGCAGCCAAACUGAGCCCUCUAUCCCCAGAGAGGGCAGCUUUCUCUGGGAGGGCUGGGCUCUCCGGUCCCUCAGAUCCCAGCAGGGACUUUGAGACCGCUGAGGCCUUGUGUCAUGAGCCGGUGCCAAACUCCAUCCAGCAGCUCCAGGCCAAGACCCCUCUGCCUGUCCUGCUCCAGAAAGCUCCUGGAAAGAAAAGGGGACGCAAAAGAAAGACGGUGGAGGACAUCUUGGCGUUUGAGGCCCGAAAAAAGAGGUCCCUGUCUUUCUUUCGCAGAAGGGCCCCUGACAAACCGCCAGCGGCUAGUCCGAGCUGCAAACAGAAGGAAGUGGACAUUUCUAAGAAGUACCGCAGCAUUCGACCCAAGCCCCUGCUGCUGAUGGAAAGCGUUCCCCAGCUGCUCAGCCUGCCCGCCAUAGCUUCAGAGAGCCGGGAUCAGGAGCUCCUACUGGGCCAUCAGCUCCCCUCAACCGCAGCGAGCAGGAACCUGGACUGCCCCCCCCAAACGGCCCCCGUCACGCUCCACCAGAGAGGGGGCUCUCAGCCCAAAGUCCUGCUCGGAGGCCGGCCCCUCUACCGCUGCUCCACCUGCAGCCGCUCCUUCCAGUUCAAGCAGCACCUGCAGAGCCACAUGGGCCCCCCCGCCGGCAGCCGGCCCCACCUCUGCCCACUGUGCCGCAAAGCCUACGCCCCCCGCGCCAGCCUCAGCACGCACAGGAAGCUGCAGCACGCCGAGGGCCCCCGCCACGCCCUCUGCUGCCACUUCUGCCACAAGUCCUUCGGGUACGUGGGGGUGUACUUCCGCCACCUCAGAGAGGUGCACAAGGUGGUGCUGACGGUGGAGCCCUCCGUCAGCCAGCACGAGGAGGACGCCGACGCAGGAAGCAGGGCGGCGUCCCCAGAGCAGGAGGAGCAGGAGGAGCAGGAGGAGGAGGAGCAGGAGCAGGAGGAGGAGCAGGAGCAGGAGGAGCAGCAGGAGGAGCAGGAGGAGGAGCAGGAGGAGCAGGAGGAGCAGCAGGAGGAGCAGGAGGAGCUGCAGAUCAAAUGUGGGCGCUGCCAGGCCGUCACGCCCACCUUCGCUGACAUGAAGAUGCACCUGCUGUACGUCCACGGGGAGGAGGUCCCCCCGGGGCCGGGCGGGGGUCAGCCGGGCGGGGGUCAGCCGGCGCGGGGCAGCCGGGCGGCGGAGCGGGAGCUGGACCACUUCUCCUCACUCUGCAAGCUCAAGAAGCACAUGGCGUCCCAGCACCGCCUCCGGCCCCGGGCCCCCGCCCCAGAGAGCAGCGCGGGCCUGGGGCUGCUGGCCGGGGGGGCCGGGGGGGCGGCGGGGGCCGGGGGGGCCGGGGGGGCGGCCUUCAGCUGCGUGCUCUGCAGCAGGGGGCUGGCCACCAGGGCCUCGCUCAUGGAGCACUGGAGGGGCCACCACCGCUGUGAGCGGCCCGGCCUGCUGUGGGACGCCCUGAGCUCCUACCCCCCCCAGGACCAGCACCACCCUGCUCCACACCGGCAGGAGCUGGACUAG